CCAGAAAACCACAGGGCGCUGGCCCCGGCAGGCCGCCCCCGGGGAGCCGGCAGGAUGGCUGAGGGCAAGGCGGGCGGCGCCGCCGGCCUCUUCGCCAAGCAGGUGCAGAAGAAGUUCAGCAGGGCCCAGGAGAAGGUACUGCAGAAGUUGGGGAAAGCUGUGGAAACCAAAGAUGAACGGUUUGAACAAAGUGCCAGCAACUUCUACCGUCAACAGGCAGAGGGCCACAAGCUAUACAAGGACCUGAAGAACUUCCUUAAUGCAGUCAAAGUGAUGCAUGAAAGUUCAAAGAGAGUGUCAGAAACUCUGCAGGAGAUCUACAGCAGCGAGUGGGAUGGUCACGAGGAGCUGAAGGCCAUCGUAGGGAAUAAUGAUCUCCUUUGGGAAGACUAUGAAGAGAAACUAGCUGACCAGGCUUUGAGGACCAUGGAAACCUAUGUAGCCCAGUUCGGCGAGAUUAAGGAAAGAAUCGCCAAGCGGGGUCGGAAACUCGUGGAUUAUGACAGUGCCCGACACCACCUGGAGGCAGUGCAGAAUGCCAAAAAGAAGGAUGAAGCCAAGACUGCGAAGGCAGAAGAAGAGUUCAACAAAGCCCAGACUGUGUUUGAAGAUCUGAACAAGGAACUACUAGAGGAGCUGCCUGUUCUUUAUAAUAGUCGUAUUGGCUGUUAUGUGACCAUCUUCCAAAACAUUUCCAACUUGAGGGACGUCUUCUACAGGGAGAUGAGCAAGCUGAACCACAAUCUCUACGAAGUGAUGAGCAAACUGGAGAAGCAACAUUGCGACAAAGUCUUUGUGGUGAAGGGACUAUCAAGCAGCAGCAGACGCUCUUUAGUCAUCUCUCCCCCAGUUCGAACAUCUACAGUCUCCAGCCCUCUUGCCUCACCUACCAGUCCCUCUGCACUUUCCUUGAAGAGUGAGAGGGACUCCACCUCUACAAGUGAAGAAGAGCUGGCAUCUGAACCAGCCCAGGGAGAAGACAACUCUGAGAUUAAAGAAGAGCCCUUAAAAGAUGAGGAAAUAGAGGAGGAAGAGGCCGAAGCCAGCUCCUCUGAGGAGGAAGAGCCUCUGCCAGCCUGCAAUGGCCCCACCCAGGCCCAGCCCUCUCUCACCACUGAGGUUGGGCAGUCCCAGGAGGAAGUUCUCCUUUGCUCCCCAGCUCCAUCACCAGGCAGAGCCCUGAGCCCUUCAGAGCAGCCUUCAUCUCUCCCAGAAGUAGUCCUCCGAACCCGCACCUCAAGUGAAGGAUCUAAACAACCAAAAAAGAAAGCCUCUAACCAGAGGACCUCAGCACCCCCUAAUAGGCCUCCUCCACCCAGAGCCUCUCCCAGCCCCAGGCCCUCCUCAGGGAACACACCCUCCAGCCCUACAGCCUCUGAACGGAAUUCACCAACCAGCCCCAGAACCUCCUUGGGGGCUGGGACUCCAAGUCCUAGGGCCUCCUUAGAGGCCUCUCCUGAUCCACAGCCACCAGACAAGCCAGUAAGAACUCUUGAAGCCAGAGAAAAGGAAAACACCGACAAUGUGAACCCAGAAGAACUUUGUACUUCCCCUACCUCUCAGGUUUCUUCAGAGUCUGGAACGGCAGGGAAGAUGGAAGACAAGGAAGAGAACAAUGAGCUUAUCUCAGCUGACUCCCCUGAGAGCCAAGAUCUUCAGCUUCAUGUCUCUGCAGUUCCGGAAGAGAGCAACAUCACAGCACCUGAGCCUCAAGAAGAGGUAUCUACAAUGUAAAAUGCACAACUCUGAAGAAGAACUGCCAAGACCUCCCCACACACACCUCCCCAGAGAAGCUCAUUAGCUAGAGGGUAUAUAGGUCAGAGGGACUUAAGAUCCAGCAUUCAUUUCUAGGUUAUUAAACAAUGUGAAUGCUGGUGGUCUCAAAGACCUGGCAUUAAUGGAGGCUGAGGAGGGGAGGGA